GAGGAAGCAAGUGCUGAGUUGCUGCGAAAGGAAUUUAGUAUGGCCAUGUGAAAGAAAACGAAGCGAGCUAGCUAGCUAACUACCAAAGAGACAACUAUGGCAGAAUGUCACUCUAGCGACGAUGUGCUAGUGGACAUUUCAGAUUUCGAUAACACGGACUUUCCAUUGGAGCAGGUUUCGUCUGUAUAUUUUGACCGGGCAAGAGAAACGCUGAGAGUUAACCCUGGAGGAGCGGUAAGAGUCUCCGAGUCGAGUGAAACUCUUGUCCCGGAGGAGGUUGAAACAGAUGGUUCCGAGGAAAUAGACCUGUUGCUGCCACGACCGACUAGGUCCAUAUCCUCCGGAGACUGUAAGGUAAAGCGGGUCAGACGAAAUAGACGUCUGACGUCCUUGGAGAGGGAAAACUUUGCGACUUCAGGGAGUGGCACUGGGGAGCUGAACUCUUUCCCGGAGGAUCCAGAAUUUGCCGAAGUCAUCCGGAGAGCCGAGCAGGCCAUUGAGAACGGAAUCUUUCCGGAAAGAAUUUCCCAGGGGUCGAGUGGUAGCUACUUUGUGAAGGAUCCUAAAGGGAAAAUAAUCGGCGUGUUCAAGCCAAAGUCGGAGGAGCCAUACGGACACUUGAACCCAAAAUGGACAAAGUACUUCCACAAGCUGUGCUGCCCCUGCUGUUUCGGGAGGGGCUGCCUCAUACCAAACCAGGGGUACCUCUCCGAGGCUGCCGCCUCGCUCGUCGACCAAAAACUGGGGCUGGCGGUCGUCCCCAAAACCAAGGUGGUGUACUUGGUCAGUGAGACUUUUCACUACUCUGCAAUCGAUCGUGCCAAAUCCAGAGGAAAGAAAUACGCUUUGGAAAAGGUUCCCCAGGUCGGCCGAAGGUUUCACCGAAUUGGCCUGCCCCCAAAGAUGGGCUCUUUCCAGCUCUUUGUGGAAGGAUACCGUGAGGCGGACUUCUGGCUGCGGAGGUUCGAGAGCGACCCGCCACCAGAGAACAUCCGGAAGCAGCUCCAGUCCCAGUUUGAGAGGCUGGUCGUCCUGGACUACAUCAUCAGAAACACAGACCGAGGAAAUGACAACUGGUUAAUCAAAAACGAGAAAUGCGACAAAUGUGAAUCCUUCAGGGAGGACACAGAAUGGGGCUGGGAGAAGGACCCGUCGGUCAGAGUAGCAGCCAUCGAUAACGGUCUGGCCUUUCCCUUCAAGCACCCGGACGAGUGGAGGACGUAUCCCUUUCAUUGGGCGUGGCUGCCCCAGGCAAAACUGCCAAUCUCCCAGGAGACCCGGGACCUGGUGCUCCCCAGAAUCGCAGACAUGAACUUUGUGCAAGACCUGGUGGAGGACCUGUAUGAGAUGUUCAAGGAAGAUAAAGGGUUUGACAAAAGCACGUUUGAACUGCAGAUGUCUGUAAUGAGAGGGCAGAUCCUGAACCUCACCCAGGCCCUGAAGGACGGAAAGAGCCCCAUGCAGCUGGUGCAGAUGCCCCGCGUGGUGGUGGAACGCAGCCACGGGGGCAGUCAGGGUCGGGUGGUGCAGCUGGGCAGCGCCUUCACCCAGACCUUCCACUAUAAGAUGCCCUUCUUCUCCUCCUGGUAGAGGGGCCGGAAUUCAGGCGAGAGCCUGGCUUUUCGGGCCUACUCGCGCAGGUUGCCAAACAACCACAGAGCAAGACUGAUGCCGUGGGACGUCACCAGUCAGUGUGAUUAACAGACCUUGCCAACGUUCAGCUGCCAAAACCGGUUCUGUCUGCAUUAAAUGCAAAAAAAGGGUAAAAAUGUAAAGCAUUCAUAUUGGGAGGCAUUCAGUUUGAAAGUACUAUUGUAUUUUAUUUUAUUUUUUGGACACCACUGUAAAUGAUUAUUUUUCUACAUUGAAUGUACCUUACAUGUUGAUAAAUUUAUUUAGUUAUUGGCUGCAAUAUAUUUCCUGCCACAGUAGGGUGCUGCUUCCAGCCUGUACUGAGUCAGGAGUAUGGCGCAGUCAUUCAAAAUGUUGUACUUUUGAGACUGUCUAGAUUUUCAAAAUGUUCUAUGAACUUAUAAAAAAAUAAAAAAUGAUAAGUUAUUUUGCUA